AUGCCUUCCGAUAGAGAUCUUGAGCUUGCUGCGCAGCAGCUGGAGAAGUUCCGUCUCGAUGGUGAAGUCUACCAUAAGACCCAGGCCGACGUGCUCGAAAAGUAUGCCGCUCUCAUGGAGGAYUUCAGACGACUGAAGUCAGACUACGAGGAAGAGAGAGACUCCCGCGAGAGGUACAAGCAGCUCGCCAAAGGGCAAGAGCGCAACCCGUUCGUUCUGGUGCUAGUAGAUGGCGACGGCAUGGUGUUUGACGAUGAUCUUGUCGGCAAUGGAGCAGAGGGUGGGAGCCUUGCUGCUCAGCGAUUGAACGACACGAUCGCAAACAGCUUGCGCACUCGCGGACUUGACCACUGCCGCGUAAUGGUUCGAAUUUACGCAAACCUUGCCGGUCUAUCAAAGGCGGCCGCAAAGGCGAAGUUGUGUGGCUUCGACAAACGCGCACUCGCCCCUUUCGUUGCCAGCUUCAAUCGGUCAAACGAUCUCUUCGACUUUGUAGAUGCAGGAGAGCUCAAAGAGAACGCCGAUUUCAAGAUACGUGCCAWGUUCCGCCAAUUCGCAGACAAUGCACAAUGCAAACACAUUUACUUCGCCGCAUGUCACGAUGUCGGCUACAUCUCCGAGCUCACGCCAUUCAUCAACAACAGGGAUCGUAUCACACUGAUCCGCACUUAUGCAUUCCACCACGAGUUUUCAAAGCUCGGACUCAAGAUUGAAGACCUACCUCACGUCUUCCGAAAUACACCUCUAUCAAUGGAUCAGCAGCCGCAUCAAUAUCAACGAUCAACCAAUCCGCCGCCUCAGAAUUUUUACUCUCACGCCUCCUCUACUUCAGCAGAUCACAGCCCCGAGAAGAUCUGCCACUUCUUCCCCAAGGGUCUCUGCAAGUACGGAAGUACAUGCAAGAAUCUGCACACUAAACCGCCGGGUACGACCAACGGCUCCCACUCGGCUUCGCCGUACGAUGGGAAAGAUUGGCGAAAGGACAGCAGGCCAAAUGUGCCGACGUUUCCAAGCCAAGACAGCACUCGUAGCAACGGAAAGCAAGCUCCUGAAUUUGAGGCUCUACUGCCCAAAGAGCGAGAUAGCCCAAGAAACAUGAUUGCUAUCAACAAGGACCAGCAACGUCUGGACUACUACAUCCCAAGACCGUCUCCAGAAGACCACGCCGCAUUUCUGAGCCGGGUAAGCCACAUCAAACUCUGCAACAAUUUCCAUCUCAAAGGCGAAUGUCCCAAAGGUGACGUCUGUGAAUACGAUCAUCGACCUAUCACGGAAGGUAUACGCAAUGAUCUGAAGAUUAUCGCUCGCCAAAUGCCAUGCCCACGUCGCAGCGCAUGCAGAAUCYUAAGCUGUACGCACGGUCAUAUCUGCCAGAAGAAGGAUUGCGGGGUUCGCGGCGGCAAGACAUAUUGCAAAUUCCCAGCUCAAAUGCACAUCCUGGAUCUGAAUGUCGUCGACUUUGUCCCUGGAACUACCUCUUUAUCCAAGGAUGUCGGCGGUGACGAGAACAAAAGCAUGAAUGGCAGAAGCUAUUCGCGGGAGGAGCAGCGUACCUUGGGAAGCGAUGCUGGGUCCGAAAAUGGCUCCUUUGCCGCAGAGCAUCGAGACCGUACGGAGGACGCAUCGUCAGCUGAUUAG